GCUUAAAGCUAGCAGACCAGGGGCCCAGGAACAGUCCAAGAGACAGAAGAAGAAACAGAGGGGAGUGGACAUGACUGACCAGGGCCUGAGUGGUCACAUGAAAGUGGACAGUCAGGCCAACAGCGACGUCUGUUGUGCCGCACUGGGAGCGCUGAAGACUGUACUAGAAGUGGUUGGGUCAAUCAUCAAACCAUCCUUUCACAAGGAAACCCAGGAGUUUGUGAUCCCCCUGCUUCUGAAGAUCCAUCAGAACCAGUCAGACCCUCCCAUCCCUUACUCCUGUGGCAGGUGUAGGAAGGGGCUCUAUCAGCUCCUCCUGGCUGCUGUGCUGGUACUGCACCCUAGGUGGCCACCUCCCACCCAGUGUGCAGUAAAGAUCUUCAGUGUGGGACAGCAGGACUAUGACUUACAGGUUUCUUCCUUCUGUAGAGAGGCACUGCUCACCUGCAUGUCAAUCAUCCACCCCAGGGCAUCAACCCUCCAAUCACCAGUCAUCAUUGCUGACACGCCCAUCAUUUCAAAACCUUCAACCAAUCAUCUAGCAUCAAACUUCCAGGGACUGAGACGCAAUGCCACAGAGGAGGGCACACGGAAAAAUGACUCCCACAAUGGAAACUUGUUCACAGCCCCGUCUUUCAAAUCAGUCAGCCAAUCAGAAGGGAUGGUGGAAGACAAACCUAGCCAAUCAGAGUCCACUACUCAUGAAAGUAUCCGGAUUAAAAGUUCUGAGGUUCCAGUAAGCUUCCCAAACAAGUUUAGAAGAGAAGAGGAUAUCGCGGGACCAAGUGUUAUCCAGUUGGAUGGGAGUAGCAGUAGCAGUGAAGGGCAAAGUUCAUCUGAGGACAGUGUAGAAUUUCUGGAGGAUGUCAGGAACAAUGAAGCAGACAGUUCAACACUGGAGUCAGGGGGACCUGGUGGUGGAGUAAGCAGUACAGAAAGGCAGCAGGCUACAGACAUGGACAAAAUGUCUGGGAAUGAAGACGUAGUCUUAAUACAGGGGCGUACUAAGGAGGGAGGGACUGAAGUUUCUGCUGAUACUACAGACCUCACUAUUGCUGGAGGGAUGAAGAGGAAAUAUGAGAGUGAUGUGGAAGAUGAGGAUGGUGAAAGCCAGGACACAGAUCUCCAGGCCAUGCUGGCUGCUUUUGUACCAGACUCCACUCCAGAUGGAAACUGAAGUGUCAAUAUCCAAAAAUAAGUCUUUGCAACAAGAUCUGCCAAAAUCAAGACAUAUUUUUGUAAUCCUCCAAUGUGCAAUGUUAAUUGCAUUGAAGCUACCAUUUUUUAGAUUUUACAGAAGAAUGACUUGAAAGAAAAUGAAAUGUCUUUUGAAAAAUUUAAUAGAAUUUAACUGUUGCGCACUCUAGAUAUUAGAUGUGGUGAGCAGCUUUCAGAAGGCGCCCUAAUUUUAUAUGAAUGUAACAUUAACUUUUGUUUUAUAGUAACAUGAAUUUUUGUUUUAUAGUAACAUAAAUUUUUGUUUUAUUAUUUCAUAGUGAUUGCCUUCAUAUGGCAUGUGAAUGAACUUGAAUAUAGGCUUAACAAAUCCAUUGUACCUAUCUAAUUUGAACAAUGAGCAUGUUGAUAUUAAAAACAUGGUUAUUUCACUAGA